AUGCUAAAACAGUUGAGGAUAAAAUACUUCCUAGGUUUGAUUACAAAUGGCCCUUCAAAUGCACAAUGGGAAAAGAUACGCAAACUUUCAUUAGAACAGUACUUUCAUGUUAUCUUGGUAUCUGGAGAUUUACCAUGUGAAAAGCCGGAAAGAGAAAUAUUUAAAAAAGCAUGUCGAUUUUUAAACAUUAAACCAGAAAAAUGCUUAAUGGUUGGCGAUAAAUUGGAAACUGAUAUUCUAGGUGGGAUAAAAGCUGGCUUCGGAGGUACAGUUUGGAUUCCAAUCUCGGAUAAACCACGUUUGCUAAAAGAAGAUCCCCAACCAGAUUUUACUAUAUGCCAUAUAACAGAUCUUUUAAAUGUUUUAAAUAGAGGUCCUGGUGCUCCAGAACUUGAAGAUACUUCUUCAAACGCAUCAGAUGGUAGCUGA